GGCCGCGCCGCCCAUGGACGCCCCGCUGCGCUCGCCUAGCCCCGCGCAGCCACCACCUGCCCCGCGCCACCCGCCUCCCGGGCCUCCGCCAGGCCCUGACACGAGCGACGUCCUGCAGCAGAUCAUGGCCAUCACUGACCAGAGCCUGGACGAGGCGCAGGCCAGAAAGCAUGCUCUGAAUUGCCAUCGGAUGAAGCCUGCCCUCUUCAGUGUGCUCUGUGAGAUCAAGGAAAAGACAGUGGUAAGCAUCCAUGGCAUUCAGGAAGAGGAUCCCCCCGAUGCUCAGCUCAUGAGGCUGGAUAACAUGCUGCUGGCUGAGGGUGUGUCCAGACCGGAGAAGAGAGGAAGAGGAGGAUCAGCAGCGGUGGCCAGCACAGCAACACCAGGUGGCUGUCCAAAUGACAAUAACAUUGAGCACUCUGACUACAGGGCCAAGCUGUCCCAGAUCCGACAGAUUUACUACUCUGAGCUAGAGAAAUAUGAACAGGCCUGCCGUGAAUUCACUGCACAUGUCACCAACCUUCUCCGGGAACAGAGCAGGAUAAGGCCUGUGUCCCCCAAGGAGAUCGAGCACAUGGUUGGCAUCAUACAUGGCAAAUUCAGCGCCAUCCAGAUGCAACUGAAGCAGAGCACCUGUGAGGCUUUGAUGACCCUACGCUCAAGGUUCCUUGAUGCCAGGCAUAAGCGGCGGAAUUUCAGCAAGCAGGCAACAGAAGUGCUGAAUGAAUAUUUUUAUUCCCACUUGAGCAACCCUUACCCCAGUGAAGAAGCCAAAGAAGACCUAGCCAGGAAGGGUGGCAUCACAGUGUCCCAGGUCUCUAACUGGUUUGGCAACAAAAGAAUCCAAUAUAAAAAGAACAUGGGGAAAUUUCAAGAAGAGGCUACCAUUUACACGGGUAAAUCAGCUAUGGAUGCCACCAAGGCCAGGGCCCUGGAGAGCCAAGCCAGCUGCCUGUCAAUGCCUAGCCCCGGUUCCUCUGGUCCCUUCCCACUGACCAGUGCUGGGGAUACAUUCCUCACCCUGCGGACCCUGGCCUUUCUCCAGCCCCCUCCUGGGGGCAACUGCCUACAGUCCCAGGCCAGGAGCAGCUGGCAGGGGGCCAUCCCCCCACAGUCGAUUGUCUCACCCACUGGAGACCCCAGCAGCAUCAACUCAGAUGCCUCUAAUUAAGUUUUGGGGAUAUGCAGAAGGGUACCAGGUGAACCCCCGUGGGUGACCAGCACUCAUAUUCUUCUGCACAUGCAGUUGAUUACCUCAGAAGCUUGGGGCCCCAGGUGACAGUGCUCCCUGCUCCUGGGCCAUGCAGCCAAUGACCGACUCACUCGUCUGCUGGGACUUGAAAUGGGCUGAACGCUGCUCAUUUUCCCACCUCAGUUUGACUUUUUUAAAAAAUAGUAAUGUUAUGUUAAGACUGUGAAUUGUCUCUUCUAGGACUUAUCUCAAAUUUUCUCAUUAAAAUUUUCGACUUAUUUUAAUUUUAA